ACUCUGCACACCUACGCUGUCGGAACGAAAAUGGGCCUUUUCAACAGAAGAAAGGUCGACGGCGACCUCGAUGUAGACGCGCCAGUCAACGACACUGCGAGAUCAACCACAACAGAUGGCAGGACCGGAAUCAGCAGAUUUGGCAGAAACCGCAAAGCUGCUAAUACACCGUCGUCUCGCUCUGCCACAACUGGAGUGGGCUCUCUAAAGGCAAUACGCUUUGUGCAGUCGCUGGUGGACGUCUUGAUCCUGGGACUUGUCGCCUAUGCUGUCAAUGUUUUCUCGGCCACGUUCUUGCAAUCUGCAUACAUACCUGCACUGAUGGCGGCUAUUCUUACCAUCCUGGCCACGAUUCCAUUGGCUUUCCUGCCGCGUUUGCCAGGUCCUUUUGCGCAUCCACUCUCUGCUGGAUUGGUCGACUUGUUCUUUGCGCUGUUCUGGCUGGCCAUCAUGGCUGAGCUUGCUGCGUAUUCCGACGUUGCUGCCCCUAGGGAUUUUACAUACUACACAGGCGGCCUCGGUCAGCAGACAGACGGCAAUGCUGCAUACGACGCCUACAGCGGCACGCUGAACAGACUCAAGACGGCAUGGGCAUGUGGAGCUGCGGCUGCUGCAUUCUCUGGCCUGGAGUUUGCAUUGUUGCCUCUACGUGGUCGCUUCGUGGGGCCCGUCACAGGAACUGACAGCGCUGGCGUGCCUACUAAUUAUCAUGGGUCUGCUCUACACAACGGUACUGAACCACCGUUCGAGAUGCAGACAAGGAAUGCUGGUCACACUGGACCGGCAAGUCCAACGAGUCCAGCUACAGUGCAUGGUGCAAACAGUACAGGCGGCGUUCUCAACAGCGGUAACAUGGUCGGAACAGCCAACAGCAACACAUUUGUGCCUACUCCCNCUGGGCAGCAUGAAGGUGCUUUCGGAGUGGGAGACAGAGCGAACAUGAUCUGA